CUUCGCUGCAUUUCCAUUUUUCCAAAGCCAAAAUCCAACGCCGAGAUGACUUCUCUCCGAACCGUAACCGUUCAAAACCCUUCCAUUUCUCUCUCUUCCAGAGCCCGUCUCCCCUCCGCAUUUUCCUCCUCCACCAAUCUCCGUUUCUCCCCCGCGGCAGCGCCCCACCGACGGCUCAUCACUGUCGCCGCCUCCAACAAAUCGGCAGUUCUCGUUGACGAAAGACCUGGAGAAGCUGGGAUCGCCGCCUCCAACAAACCGACAGUACUCGUCGCCGAAAAACUAGGACAAGCUGGUAUUGCUCUUCUCAGUAAACUCGCUAACGUCGUAUGCGAGUACAACCUCUCCCCGGAGGAGCUCUGUGCCAAGAUCUCGCUCUGUGAUGCCUUGAUCGUGAGGAGCGGCACCAAGGUCACUCGUGAGGUGUUCGAAGCGUCUAAAGGAAGGCUCAAGGUCGUUGGAAGAGCUGGUGUGGGGAUUGACAAUGUGGAUCUAGCGGCUGCUACCGAGUUUGGUUGCUUGGUGGUCAAUGCUCCCACCGCCAAUACGGUUGCGGCUGCUGAGCACGGGAUCGCGCUCUUGGCUGCCAUGGCCAGGAACGUGGCCCAGGCUGAUGCUUCAAUAAAGGCUGGGAAGUGGCAGCGGAACAAAUAUGUUGGUGUGUCCCUUGUUGGUAAGACACUUGCUGUGAUGGGAUUUGGAAAGGUUGGAUCCGAAGUUGCUCGACGAGCCAAGGGACUUGGUAUGCAUGUGGUUGCCCAUGAUCCAUAUGCCCCUGCUGAUCGUGCCCGUGCAAUAGGUGUAGAUCUUGUCAGCUUUGAAGAAGCCUUAUCCACUGCAGAUUUCAUCUCUUUGCACAUGCCUCUCACUCCAGCUACAUCAAAGGUCCUUAAUGACGAAACUUUUGCAAAGAUGAAGAAAGGAGUUCGCAUUGUAAAUGUAGCCCGUGGGGGGGUGAUUGAUGAAGAGGCUCUAGUGAGGGCACUGGAUUCUGGAAUUGUGGCUCAGGCAGCACUUGAUGUCUUCACUGAGGAACCACCUCCAACGGACAGUAAGUUGGUGCAGCAUGAGAGGGUUACUGUCACUCCACAUCUUGGUGCAAGUACCGUGGAGGCUCAGGAAGGAGUGGCUAUUGAAAUUGCUGAAGCUGUUGUUGGAGCCUUGAAUGGGGAGCUUGCUGCUACAGCAGUUAAUGCACCAAUGGUUCCUGCUGAGGUUCUAACAGAGCUGAAGCCAUUUGUUGAACUUGCUGAGAAACUUGGAAGGCUGGCUGUCCAAUUGGUAGCAGGAGGAAGUGGUGUGAAGACUGUGAAAGUUUCAUAUGCUUCCUCAAGAGCCCCUGAUGACCUUGACACAAGGUUGCUUCGUGCAAUGAUCACAAAGGGUCUGAUUGAGCCCAUAUCCAGUGUUUUUGUGAACUUGGUCAAUGCCGAUUAUACUGCUAAACAGAGAGGACUAAGGAUAACAGAAGAACGAAUCAUCCUUGAUGGUUCACCUGAGAAUCCACUUGAGUCCAUCCAAGUUCAGAUUGCUAAUGUAGAGUCAAAAUUUGCUAGUGCCUUGUCAGACUCUGGGGAGAUCAAGGUUGAGGGACGGGUGAAGGAUGGAGUUCCAUAUCUGAGCAAGGUUGGAUCGUUUGAGGUGGAUGUCAGCUUGGAAGGUAGUAUUAUACUCUGCAGACAGGUUGAUCAACCUGGUAUGAUUGGGAAGGUAGGAAACGCUUUGGGAGAGGAGAAUGUUAAUGUUAGCUUCAUGACUGUUGGGAGGAUCGCUCCUAGGAAGCAAGCUGUGAUGGCCAUAGGAGUGGAUGAGCCACCGAGCAAGCAAGCUCUGAAGAGGAUUGGUGAUAUUCCAGCCAUUGAAGAGUUUGUUUUCCUCAAGUUGUAGGUGGCUUUAUCAUUACCAUGUCAUUUACCUAUUUGAAUAUGUAUUGUCAUCGUAUUGUAUCCCCCAGUUUUGUAAUAUUCAUUUGACCGCUGCCUGGGAGCUUUAGGGAAGGAAAGGGAAUAAAUAAUUUACGAGUUU